ACGCCAUCGGAAUCUCCGCCAGCUGCGCAGACUCGCAGCCUCACACCGUCACAUCAGGGUUUUCCGUCGGGCUGCGCGGAUUUAGUGGACGACUUAUUUAUUUAAUUACUCGUUAUAUAAUCAAACCGGGUUUGAGCGCGCACAUUAGCACACACCGAUCAUCCUCAAGCAACUCGCGCGUCCAAUGCGGUCCUCCUGACAGACUUGAAGCGACAGCGCUGACCUGGAUAACCGCUGAGCCUGUGUCCAACACUGAGGCAGACGGACUCACAGAUACACCGGCCGACAGACAGCGGUGUCAGCGGCCCAUCAGCAUCCACCACUGCAUCCACACCAUCCUUCCCCCAUCCUCCUCCUCUCUGUCACAUCUGACAUGGCGGACCCCAGCCUCACAUCGCCCUCUGGGACGCCGCUGCGCUCCCCCAACGCCUCUCUCACCCUGUCCUUCCCCUUCCUGAGGGAGGGGAGCCGGGUGUGGGAGGAAGGGAAGGAGAAACCGCUGCCUCGGGAUCUGCCCAGCCCGCUGCCAACCAAACGCACCCGCACCUAUUCAGCUACAGUACGUGCCCAAUCAGGACCAGUGUUCAAGGGCAUGUGUAAGAACUUCUCCAGGUCACAAGGUCACGGCUUCAUACGACCCUCUCACGGCGGCGAAGACAUCUUCGUUCACAUCUCAGACAUUGAGGGGGAGUAUGUCCCAGUCGAGGGCGACGAAGUCACAUACAAAGUGAGCCGGGUCCCGCCCAAGAACCUGAAGGUGCAGGCGGUGGAGGUGAAGAUCACACAUCUCAAUCCAGGGACGAAACACGAGACCUGGUCUGGGCAGAUCAUCAGCUCAUAGGAUCUGAGCUCCGGGCCUGGGGGGGGGUCGUGCUUGGCAGGGCUGGGUAGGGGGUGGUAGAGGUCCUCUGGGACUGGGUUACUCACAUUCUGUGCUUAAAAACUUUCUUUUGAAACAUGUUUUACCUACACAGCACAGUCCAGUGUUAGUAAGUGUCAAUAAUUCAUUUGUAGCUGGCAAUGACAGAUCAACUCUUUUCUUUUUAUCAACAGAGCUGAUAAAGUGUCUGUUUACUGCACUGAGGAUAUUGCUGUGUGUGUGAAACUGACCAUUUAUUCAGUGUUAGUAAAGUCACAUGUUUGAUUAAUUUAUACUUUGUGUUCAAAGUCAAAUUUCAGAUGGGAGAAUAAAGUUACUCUGAUUUGUCAAUCAACUGUGAAAAAUAUGAAACAUUGGGGAAAACUGUAAACAUAACUGAAGUGCAGAUCUUCAAACUGAGGCGUGAUUGCUGAGCAGAGGUGGACAGUAACAAAAUACAUUAACUUGAGUCUUUACUCAAGUAUAUUUUCUGAGUAUCUGUACUUUACUUGAGAAUUAUUUUUGUUUUUGUAAAUUCAUGACUCCAUUACUCUUAAAAGACAAAUAUUGUAGUUUUGACUCCACUACAUUUCUGAAGUGAAGUGAAGUACUCUUACUUUGGAGCAGAGCUUUUAGUCAGAGGACUGAAUUUUAUUUUAUUUUGAAAAUAUAAUAGACCAUACAAUGUGUUCAUCACAGGAACAAAACCAAAUACAGUCAACUCCUCCACUGUUGGCCAUGUUUGAACCUGUCCUAACAAUGGCCACUAGAUAAAGAUGAGGCUGAAGAUUCUUCAAAUCCAUGUUUUAAAUUUUUAAAUUAAAUAAAGAUUCCUUUUGUUUUAAAUGUUUGCUGUACAGUCAGUCAGGGCUUAACUCAAGUAAAAUUAUAACUGAACAACUUGGAGUCAUAUUUGACCGGGAGGAUCUAUUCUUUGACUCAAGUAAUUCAGCUGUGUACUUUGUCCACUUCUGCUGCUGAGUGUACAGUGAGGAGGAGAGCGAGGCAGGACAAAAGGCUGAAUUCAGUUUUACUUCCCUUCUUUGCAGCAGUUAUGACUUGUUUACUUCACCAAAGUUUCCAGGUUCAAAGAUUAUGUGCGAGCAGGGGUCAAAUGACUUGUCGUCACAACCUGCACUGUUUUUACAUCAAGUGCAGAAUUCAACAACAGAGGUAAAAGAAAGUCGUUUAGAGACUUGAAUAGGGUUGAUGAGAUUUGAAUGAUUGUGUUGCUAAGUGAAAGAACGAUGAAACGGCAGGUUGACAAUCCUUAAAGCAGUAAAUCACAGCUGGUUGUGCAUUAGAAACCCAAAUAAAAUCUACACAAAAAUCCGAAGCCCUUGACAGGACAUCUCAUGGUUUUCUUCUGGGUUUCAGGUCACCAGUUUAGACACACGAUGUUAGGAUGGAAAAGAGGAAGAUUUAUUUUAGUUAAGUUGAGAGGGAAUAGUUAGGAAUUCAGUUUGUCUGAGAAGGAAAAAGCAUCAAAUGAGAGCAGGAUUGAAGCAGAAAUACCACAUUAAACCAAAUAUGGAUUUUUAAAAAACAAACUAAAACCCAGUAUUUUACUGUGAAUGGAAAGUAAUUUUUCCCCCUGAAAAAUACAUAUCCUUGGUUGUUUAGUCUUGUUUGUGGUUAUUUAUUUUUAAUUAUCUAUUUGAUGAUUUGUUCAGAUUUGUGUGUGUGUGUGUCCUCAGUUUACAAGCUUUUAUAUUUUGGGUAAUACUAUUAAAAAAGUCAAAGCUUGCACUGAAGAAAUGUGAACUUCCACUAUUAAAACUGCCACAACAGCACUGCAGACAUCACCGUCAGGUUUUAGUCCAUUUGUUGUCCUGUUUGAAAACUCCUGUUUGGAAAAGGGUCUAGAGCCAUGAAUUGCUGAAAAAAAAAACAAUUUCUAAAUCUCUUUUUCUAUUAUUAGAAAAACAUGUAUCUGUGUGUGAUUUACUGAGUGUAGUCACGAGAUGGUGAACUACACGACUUCAUAGUUGGUGCCAAUAGAGAUCAUUGUCACAAUAAUGUUGUUUGUAGUUAUUCAGGUUAUAUACUGUACUGUAUAUCAUUUUCUAUUAUAUCUGUCCCAUAGAGUCUCUAUGCAUCUUGUCUCAUCUGUCGGUGUCACUGCCUGAAUUAGUUCAACAUGAACCUUUGUUCAUCUCUGUCACAUCAAAGGGCACUUUCUUUUGUGGACAAACCACAUGAUUACUUCUACUGAGCCUUGAAAGAACAUUAAAGCGUUUUAAGAUUCA